AUGAGUGGCAUAUCCAACCAAGGCCUGAUCGACUUACCCGCAGACGCGACGCCUAUGCCUGGCCCGAACCACCCCACUCCGCGGCCUGGAUCCUCAAGAGGAAAGCGUAAAGGCCGCCCUCGUGGUGCCAGGACUCUGGCCCUGGCACGUAGUCAGGUGCAGCAUGAAGCAGGCGAACUGUUCCAGACAGCAUUUGACGAUACGGUCGACGCUUGCUUCCACUCUGGCUUCGAGUCAAUCGACAACGUCGCGGCGGCCCGUCGUGGAUCUCGGUCCAUCAAUAUCAACGACUUGAUUUUCCAGAUCCGCCACGACACCGCAAAAGUCUCUCGUCUCCGCACCUUCCUCUCGUGGAAAGAUGUUCGCAAAAACGUCAAGGACUCCGACGACAAGGGUGGAGACGCCGACCUCGGCGCCGGCGAAGAUCCCGUCGGCGGCGUUGCAGCCGGCGGCCCGGUGGAUGAUGCCGCAAAGAAGAACAAGAAGGCCAAGGUCGGACUUCCCUGGGAGCCGUCAUCGUUCUACCCUGUCGACGUACCCGAGCGUGACGACGAGGAAGACGAGGAAGAGGAAGAGAUGAACUUUAUCACUCUGCAGCGCCUGCGGAAGGCUGAUGAACGCACGAAAGCCAUGACAAAGGAAGACCCCUCAGGAAGGGGAGCGCUCAAGGCCAAGGGGCAGGAGGUUCUCGUCAAAGGGGCAGAGCGGUGGCGGCGGCGGAGUCGGCCGCCGAGGCCGCAUGGAAGAACCAAGGCGCAGCAAGGUCUCUUUGAUCCCCCCAGCGAAGGAAAGACGCCCAUUGAGCCGCGACACGUCCAGGAGGCGUUCCGACGGCUUCAGCAGCGGCCCAAGAAGAUCAGGGCCAUGCUCAACGGCUCAAGGCUGCCGAUACACACCACUCUCAACAUUAUCUGA